UACCGGUGAGGCACUUAAAAAAUACCGUUAGAUCAAAUGGAUGGUUAUGAUCUUUUAAAAAAAGAAGGAGAACACCUAUAGAUAUCUACAUUCAAUUUUACCCUCAAUAUUAUUCAUAAUUUCGUAUAACAUGUUUCGUAUAAGUUUCUUUUUCAUCACAACAAAAACAAGUCUUCAUCAAAUCACAUAAAGCAUCUGCAAUCAUAGCCAUCUCCCUUAACAAAACCCUAAUUUCAACACUCUGGCCCUCUUCUUCAUCUUCCACUAAUUCGGCAAUUCCCAAAACUUGUUAAACCCUAAAUCCCAAAUUGAACCCAAAAAUUAAAGGAUUGUUAUCAUUGUCGAAGGCUUGAAGGAGGUAGGUAUUUUCCCUUUUCUUAUAGCCAUUUCCCCCAUUUAUUUUUCUGUUGUCAUGCCUUUUACAUUUUGGAUUUUUCUUACUUCAUGUAUGAAUAUGAUGAUUUAAAUUCCUUGUCAGUUUAUAAUAAUGGAUUGUGUGAAUAUUUUUCAGUGAUGGUAUACGCCUUCUUGGUGUCAAGCAAAUGAUCUGUUGCUGCAACAAGAUGGAUGCCACUACACCCAAGUACUCUAAGGGUAGGUAUGAUGAAAUCGUGAAGGAAGUUUCAUCCUAUUUGAAGAAGGUUGGCUAUAACCCAGAAAAAAUUCCAUUUGUUCCCAUCUCUGGUUUUGAGGGAGACAACAUGAUUGAGCGCUCUACCAAUCUUGACUGGUACAAGGGUCCAACCCUUCUUGAGGCCCUUGACCAAAUCAACGAGCCUAAGAGGCCAUCAGACAAGCCCCUCCGAUUACCACUUCAGGAUGUCUACAAGAUUGGAGGAAUCUUUCAUGUUAUCAAUCAUACAGUAAAAGCAAGAUUAAGGACACAAAUUUCACCUCUUCUGGAGAUUCCGAUUUUGAAAACUCUGGAAACGAUUGACUUAUAGGAGGUUGCUUCAUACCCCGUUUAAGUUUGUUUGUAACAGAAUCAAUUGAUGCAGUAGAAAAGCAUCUAGGUACAAGAUCAACACCACGAAAUUUGAUCGAUUUCUUACUACCUUUAGGGUUUUGCAUUUUGGCAUCAGAAACCCAAAGUUUUUGUUUUUGUUGUGGAUCUGCAGAUGAAUGAAAAAGAAACUCAUAGGAAACAUGUUAUACGA